AUGGCUUUAGGAGCUUUUCAAUCGGUCAACGACGGCGUUUUGGAGCAACCCAGUUCAAGGGUGUGCAUAAACGAGACCCUUAGGGAAGACGAGCUUCGAACAGUUUUAGCAAAGCUAGAGAGCGAUAAGGACAAGGAAGUGUUUGGUUUGGUUUGCAAAAAAUGGCUUAAUUUGCAGAGUACUGAAAGAAAGAAGUUGUGUGCUCGCGCUGGGCCCCACAUGCUCAAGAAAAUGGCCGCCAGAUUCACUCGCCUUCAUGAGUUGGAUCUCUCUCAGUCAAUUUCCCGCUCUUUUUACCCUGGAGUCACUGAUUCGGAUCUUUCCGUUAUUGCCAGUGGCUUCUCUUGCUUGCGGGUCCUUAAUCUGCAGAAGUGCAAAGGCUGGAAUGUUAGUUUUGAUCUUGAGGUUCUUGCCAUUUGUGAAAGAUGGCUUGGAGCUUCUUUGAAGAAAGGUGGAUUGUUGUCAGGGCUUUUCUCCAUGAAAUUCAGGGCUAGUUCCUUUGUAUUUUGGGUGGAGGAGAUCAGUAUUAGCAGAGGUAGCUUUUUGAGGGUUUCUAUAAAGGCUAUGAAUAAAAUGCUUGCUUGUCUGAUGAUUCCUUGGGAUUUUGAAGCUGAUUGUAUAAUGGAAGCAAAUAAUAGGGCAUGUGGUGACGCCAAAAAUAGGGUAGUGUUGAUGCCAAAAACAAGAGGAAUUCCUAGUAAGAUAACAGGGUUGUGGUUGGUUUUUUGGCGAUUGGAGGAGAGCUAUUGUAUGUACCUGUUAGGCAUUGAAGGUGGUCCCCUUGAUGCAAACUCUGUUUGCAACAAAGUCUUGUUCUUGGAGGCUGGCUUACUAUUUAUGGGCUACCUCAUCACUUAUGCAAAAUGGAAGUGUCCAGAAGAUGGAGGAUUGCUGCUACUUCAUUUGUCUGGUAAGGUCUUUAAGGUGAAGGGCAGGGCUCUGGGAAGAUUGGACAGAGAUGGUCCUCGUGGUAGCAGUUGUCUGAUUGCAAAAGGCAGAACAAAACUCCUCCUAACCAUCGAGAGGUCAAAGACGAUGGGGGUGGGAAAAAAGGCUUUUGGGGCAGUUGGGCAUUGGCGGCAGUGUAAGGUCCACAGUGGUCUGCUUCUUGAAAUAUUUGUUCCAAUAAGCCCUACGGCUUCUAGGUUUCCUGAUAAGAAGCCCAUGAACUUUAUAAAGGGUGUCAUUUUUAAUAGGCUUAAGGAUUUUGUAUCUUUAAGGGAGAAGAUUGAUCUGAGGCGUGGGGGAGCAAUUAGUAGAUAUUUGCUAUGCAAUUUGGAGGCAGGAUUCUUGAAUCGAAUGUCUUCAAAACAAGAAGAUGCUCUCAAUGUGAUUGUUUUUGAAAGAAGUGAGAAUAUGGAUGAUAAUGAAGCUCUUCUCGUAAAGAAUGAUCUUCACUUUGGGUUUGAUGAUCUUAUAGAUAAUCUAGAAGGCAAAGAUUUGGAGAGCAUUAAUGGGGAUUCAAGAGGUGUUGAGUCAAUUUCUAGAGUUGGGGAGCUAUUUGAUGAGAAGGAGGUUAAAUCCAAUGCACAGAAGUUGUAA